UAUAUUUAUUAAAUAUGUCUUUAAUUCUACGUUCAUUUCUUCAUGCUAAAAAUGUUUGCAACAACAAAUUUCAAUUUUUUUCAAGUUCUAAAAGAAGUAUUUUGGCCUUUAAUUAUCGCCAUUUUAGCAAUGAAAAAUAUGAAGAACUGGAAAGACAGAAACGCCAAGACUGGCAUUGGAAGGGUGUCAAAAAAGGAAUUGGAUUUAUGUCAAUUUUGGUUAUUUCUGGAACUGCUUAUGUUUUUUAUGUUUAUGGAAGUCAACCUCGUGAUCCGGUUACUGGUGAAUUACUUCCUGAUGAAUUUUCUAAUUAUAAAUUUGCUCCAUUUUGGCGUGUUCUUGAUUUUAUUAAAUUUUGGAAAAAGUUCAUUGCUGAACCUUCAAGAGAGAAGCUUCUCCCCGAUCCUGUCAAGGCUCCUUAUCAUCAGCCAAAAUAUACAGUUGUUCUUGAAUUGAGAAAUGUUCUAGUCAGUCCUCAAUGGGAUUACAAGAAAGGUCAUUAUUUUGUGAAGAGACCAGCUUUGGAUUAUUUUAUUGAUAUGAUUGGAUAUCCAAAUUUUGAACUAGCAGCUCCAAUUGUUACUCAAAUUGAUCCUCAAGGACAACGGAUUAAUCAUGCACUUUUUAGAGAUUGUACUAAAUAUGUGAAUGGUACACAUGUUAAGGAUCUUUCUCGACUUAAUAGAGACUUGAAAAAGGUUAUUUACAUUGAUUGGGAACCUGCUGCUUUUCAGUUAAAUCCAGAAAAUGUUCUUUGUGUGCCUAAAUGGAAUGGAGAUAUGAACGAUACUUCUUUAGUUGAUUUGGCAGAAUUACUGAAAACAAUUCAUUUAUCUGAUGUUGAAGAUUUUAGACCGGUUCUUCAAUUUUAUAGUCAAUUUGAUAAUCCUACUGAAGAGUUUAGAAAAAGAGCAAAAAUUGUUGGACAAGAGAAUCAACAAGCAACAUCAACUUCUCAAUCAAUAACAUCUUCAGAAGAACCAUUAAAGAAAUAUCGUGGUAGUUUAUUUGGAGCAAGAAGGCAUGCUGUUUAG